AUGGCAUCUUCUUCAGCGGCAGGAGCGCCGAAUGUAAGCAACUUCCAGCAAUUAAAAGAAUACGCUAUCACUCUCUCUGGAUACGGGCUGAAGCACGGGCUUGAGAAAAGAAAGGAAUACCAGUACAUCCAGACGCAUCCUGUCUCAUCAAUUGCAGUCGAGAAAGUACAGAAAAGAUUGAAUGGUUCCGAAACUGGAUUGAAAUCGAGCCCCUCGAUUCCGUCCAUAUUAUCGAACCGGAGAGAAAAAGAGCUUCCGUCAGAUAAUAGGACAAUCUGCGCCUUGGUCGUAGGCUUGUAUCUUUCAAAAACAGGCGCAUUUGACAUCACCAAGGCCCCGAUAAUCGAGGCCGACAAAGGAACUAAUAAAGGGAUGCCAGUAGGCAAAGAGAUACCAAUCAGUCUAGAGGAAUUCGAUCAUAGUCCUGUAUUCAGAGUUGUUGUGAAGGUUGUCGAGGAGAUGCCAGAGGAAGGUGCAAAGCUUUAUGUCUUGCUAGAAGAGAAAGAUGGACUGCCCAUGCCAUACAGGGUAGCACAGAGCAAGGUCUUCUUCUUUGAUGAAUUCCGAGACGAUAGUCCUUCUCAAGCCAGGAGGGAAGUCAGCUGGAUGGCAAACGUCAAAAAACACUCAGUUAUGGAAGAAAAAGCAAGGGAUACCAGCAAGUUGGCAUGCGGACCAAAGGAGGGUUUGAGAAACAGCCUUGCAGAGCACUUAGUCUUGCUUGGGGCGUUAGAGGGACCACCACCGGAAGAUAUCUUGAGAUUGAUUUCUAACACGUUACGCUCAUCAUAUACGGACAUGUAUCAGAGAGACAUGCCAUCGAGUGAAACAAUAGAUGCCUUUGUAGACAGGGGUUCGACUUGGGAUCAGACCUGCACCUCGAACUUCAUAUCUGCCAUCAAACGAGUGUGGCCUUACAUACAACUGACCGAAGAGAUUGUCCAUGCUUUGCGAGCAGGACUGCGAGAAGCCGAACUGUCGGUUGACUACCGUGACUUGAAGGGGUUCCUAAUCGAAGGGAGUUUCAUCAUUGAGAAUGAGAUUCAAGCACCGGGCGUUGCGCGAACAAUGACGAAUGAAGAGGUGGCGAUCGCCGCAUUGCUUGUAGCCCAGCGUCACAAGCAAGUAGACACUACACCAAGACCCUCGAUCCAAACGGUCCAGGACAAGGAAGCUUGGGUGCGGAUGUUGAAAGAGGGACUUAAAAACCUUGUGCAAGGCACAGCUGAUUGGAACAAGACAGCAAUUGACAAUCUUGGUGACAUUGUCAUGAAGGUGGAUUCUUGGACGGCUGUUUUCAAAGGUCACAGUAGUGCUAGGGAUGGAGACGCACAGAAGAUGUUAAGUGCAUCUCUGGCCCGGUCUAUGUUUUCACAGAUCACUAUCAAGCAUGAUGGCACAAUCAAGGUAUUGGAGGAAAUGAUACGGCUGACGGAAAUGUGGUUGAAUCGCGCAUCUCAGUAG